UCAAUGAUUUAGUGCCAAAGAAUAACAAUAUUUACAUCGUUAUAAAUAUUCUAUGGGAUAAACAUCGAAUUGAUGAAUUCUUGUUUAUUGACGUUCAUAUUCAAUCACCAUACCUUAUGUUUUUAGCACACCUGUCAAGAUUUUCUUUUUUUUUUUCUCACAGAGAUUUUAAUAAUGCUACAAAACUUUGAUUAUCUUGUCUUUUUUAUCUAUCUUCCAAAUAGUUAGUUUCAAGUUAAAAACUUGAAGCUAUAGUGAACAAUUAAAAAAAACAAAAAAAAAAAACAAACUAAAAUUAAGUUAACAACUUUUAACGUAUUUAUCAGGGAAAAACUGCCAGUUUCAGAAUGGUACCUGUUUCUGAUCAUAAAAUUUUAUAGAAUGGUUACUAGUCUCCAAACAGGAGAGAACGGCCAGCCGUUCAGUAGUUAUCUUAACGGUCCACGGAAUCACUUUCGUAGUAGUAUGAAAGCUGUUCGCAGCCAGACCAUCGAUUUAGGUGAAGAAAGUAGAUUUUUUGAUGAUGAAGAUGAUGAUAACGAAUCGGAUGUCUCAAAUAAUUUGUGUCAGGCAGCAGGCAGUAGUUACCGACCUACAAGCUCGAACUCAUGUGAAGCUCUUAAACAUGCCGUUUCUGCUCUCACUCGUCUUGAUGACUUCAUUUGUGAAAAAAUUGGAAGAGGCUUUUUUUCAGAAGUUUACAAGGUGGCUCAUAGAACAACUGGUAAGGUGAUGGUGUUGAAAAUGAACACCUGUUCAAGCAAUCGUCCAAAUAUGUUGAGGGAAGUACAGCUGAUGAAUAGACUUUCUCAUCCUAACAUACUCAGGUUUAUGGGUGUGUGUGUUCAUGAAGGUCAGCUCCAUGCUUUAACAGAGUACAUUAAUGGAGGAGCUCUAUAUCAAGUGUUGGCAAACAAAGAAAUAGAACUACCAUGGAAAACACGUAUAAAUUUGGCGCUGGACAUUUCUAAUGGCAUGCGUUAUUUUCACACGAGAGGGGUUUUCCAUCGAGAUUUAACAUCAAAGAAUAUUUACAGUUCUGAAUAGGAACACAACUACCCAAUGAGUGAAGGUUACCAGCACCAGUAUCUCUUUUAAGCUUGAGUACUAUGUAAUUGGACUGUUGUGGAUAGUUGGCAUCUAUACAAAUUUGUGAGAUAAAAAGGUAUCCUCCAGGAUGAUUUAUUCCUUUUAUACUCUAUUUAUUAUACAAUACACAUACUGUAUUAUGUCUUUCCACAUUAGAAAUUUUCUAUUCAGCAUGUGUUGUCCAAAAAAAUACAAAUGUGACUAAAUAGAAUGGUUGGCACCAAAAGCACAGUAGUAAAUGAAAAGGUGACUGAAUCGAGAAAACCAGGACAAAACAACUGAAACAAAUAUCUGUAUAUGUCUGUAGAGGUAGAAAAUAUGACUUUGUUUCCUUCUACUCGUGACAGACUGGCUUGGGUAUAUCAAGAAGAGAAUAAUUGACUUCAAAACAAUACACUGAGCCAGCUUUCACAGUCUGACAGUGUACGCAGAUAAAUAUCUUGUGCAAAUACAAGUGAGAUACAAACAAUAACAGCAAUGCAAACAAAAACAGGAUGCUGGGAGACCAGUCCAAAUAUAUACAACAGGAGAAUAGAUGAAAAAGUUUUAAAAUUGGAACAAGUUUCUUAAUGGCUUAGCAAUGAAUGCCAAUUUCAAUGACUUUCCAGAACAGGCUGUCCAGUCUGUUAUAUUGUAGAGAGUCUCUUUAACAAUCUUUACUCACAUUGCAAAGCUUACAGAUGGCCUGUUUAAUUGAAAUAACUAUGUUGCAUUGAGGAAGAACAUAAAACUAGACAAACUUUAUCCUGCUCCACCAAAUAUUCUCAGGGACUUUGAUGUUGCUCAAAUAUGAAACAGUUUUCUGGAAAAUAUGCAUUAAUAUAAAACUGUACUGUCAUUGGUCAUUGUUAUCUCAUACAUGCAAGAAUAAUAUAUGCUCAUGCACAUACAAUAUAUUUCCUCAUCUCACCUUCA